AUGGCCUUGCUGCAGUUCAUAAGCGCGGGUUUGCCUAAAGUCGCGAUACCGACUACUGUGCAUAGCGACCACCUGAUUGUAUCCCGUGACGGUGCCGAGGAGGACCUGAAGCGAGGACUCAUCGAACACGGGGAAGUCUACAAAUUCCUCAGUAGCGCUGGGAAGAAGUAUGGCAUCGGCUGGUGGAAACCGGGUGCAGGUAUCAUCCACAUCACGAUCUUCGAGAAUUAUGCUUUCCCUGGCGGUCUCAUCAUCGGCACCGACUCACAUACUCCCAACGCCGGAGGACUUGGUAUGCUUGGUAUUGGAGUUGGUGGAUCCGAUGCCGUGGAUGCAAUGUCAGGCAUGCCGUGGGAAGUUAUGUGUCCUAAGGUGGUUGGUGUUCGGCUUACUGGCAAGCUCCAUGGUUGGGCAUCAACGAAGGAUAUCAUCUGCAAGCUGGCUGGCAUCACUACAGUCUCGGGAGGCAAAGGCAAAGUGUUCGAGUUCUUUGGACCUGGCACAGAGACGCUCGGCGCCACUGCGAUGGCUACUGUAUGCAACAUGUCUGCCGAAAUCGGCUCAACAUCAUGCAUAUUUCCUUACACUGAUUCUAUGGCUCGAUACCUCUCGGCCACUAAGCGAUCAGGCAUUGCGCAACUCGCAAACUCGUACAAAGACGUCCUUCUCCGGGCUGAUGAAGGUGCAAAUAAGCAUUAUGACGACAUCAUCGAGAUAGAUUUGGACACACUGGAACCGCAUAUCAACGGGCCUUUCACACCCGACCUCUCGUAUCCACUAUCACAGCUCAAAGACGCAGUAAGACAAAGCGAUUGGCCUGUCAAGGUCAGUCACGCUAUGGUCGGAAGCUGCACGAAUUCGUCGUACGAAGAUCUAUACAAGACACAACAAUUAGUAAUGCAGGCGAAAGCUGCCGGUAUCGACCGAGUUAAGACACCCUUCAUGGUAGCUCCCGGCAGCGAAGACAUUCGCGCUACAGCCGAAGCAGACGGCAUACUACAGACACUGCGGGAUGCGGGAGCCGUGGUCCUCAGCACCACCUGCGGGCCUUGCGUGGGGCAGUGGGAUCGAACCGAUGUCGACGUGAAGGGCCGCGAGCGCAAUACUGUUGUAUCAAGUUUCAAUCGAAACUUCGUCGGCAGGCACGACGGCAACCCAGAGACGUGUUCCUUUGUUACAUCCCCGGAGAUGGUCACAGCCUUUGCUUAUGCGGGUCGUAUUGAUUUCGACCCGACAACAGACGCGCUACCUGCUGCUGAAUUACAAAAAGAGUUCCGCUUUACUGCACCAACAAGCGUCGAACUACCAUUCAGCUUCACAACCGGCCGAGACCUCUACCAGCCUCCCCAAGAAGACUCGUCGCAUCUCCAAGUCGACAUCGACCCUACCUCAGACCGCCUCCAGCUCCUCCAGCCGUUCAAGAAAUGGCAACCAGGCGCCACCACCGACAUGCCAAUUAUCGUCAAAGUCAAGGGCAAAUGCACAACAGACCACAUAUCCCCAGCAGGCCCCUGGUACAAUUACCGUGGCCACCUCGAGAACAUCAGCAACAACAUGCUCCUCGCAGCCAGCAAUGCGUUCCUUCCUCCCACAUCUAAGAUGCUCGGCCACACUGUCCACCCGCUAGACGGCAACACUGAUCUUAUCCAUGAAGUCGCGCGCGAUCUCCAACGUCGCAGCGUCCCUUGGUGCAUCAUCGGCGACUGGAACUACGGCGAGGGAUCUUCGCGCGAACACGCCGCCCUUGAGCCGCGGUAUCUUGGCGGAUUGACCAUCAUCGCGCGCUCGUUCGCACGUAUCCAUGAGACGAAUCUGAAGAAGCAGGGUAUGCUGCCUCUUACAUUUGCGGAGCCUUCGGAUUACGAUCACAUACAGGCGGGCGAUCGGAUUACGCUGAAGGGUGUCGAAGAGGGUGAGUUGCAGCCGGGUUUGAAUGUGGUGAUACAAGUACAGACGAAGAAGGGUGAGACGUGGGAGUGCGAGUUGAAGCACACGUAUAGUGAGGGGCAGCUGAGGUGGUUGAGGGCGGGGAGCGCGCUGAACUACAUGAGAGAGAGCGUGUUGGGGAGGUGA